CUUCUCUUUAUCAUCCUCUUUACUCUUCCGUCAACAUCACCCAAUCAAAAAAAAUGCUACAAACAAAUAAUAAUAGUCCUUCUUGUUCCUUCGUUAUAAAGUCUUAACUAAAAAAAGAAAUUAAAAAAAAAAAGAUUUAACAAAAUGAAGAACUUUGCAGGGACUCCUGGAACAGUGACUGGUCUCAUUUUGAGACUAUUUCAGUGCUUGUUUGCUGCUGGCUCAAUUGCUUCUAUAGCUACCACUAAAUCUUUCUUCAAUUUCACAGCCUUUAGCUACUUGAUUGCUUCAAUGGGUCUGCAAGUUAUCUGGAGCUUUAGCCUUGCAUUCCUAGACGCAUGUGCUUUGGUGAAGAAGAAAGCCCUCCAUAAUUACGCUACGGUCAGCCUUUUUGCUGUUGGAGAUUGGGUUACAGCUACAUUGAGCCUGGCAGCAGCCUCAUCUUCUGCAGGCAUAACGAUACUGUACUUUAAUGACUUAGGAAGCUGCAGUUUUGGGCAAGAAUGUCAAAAAUACCAAUUAGCAGUUGUUUUAGCUUUCAUGAGUUGGAUAACAAUUGGAAUCUCAUCAUUAAUUAUGUUUUGGACUUUGGCCUCUAGUUAGAGCUUUUGAUAACCUUAGUUAACUUUUUCAUGAAACAAAUUAUCAUUUUACAAACAAAGAGACACAAUAUUUUGUAAAUAUGUGUGAUCCUGAAAAGAAGAAUGCGAAGCGAAAACAUUUUUUUUUU